CCGCGCGCCCCCAGCCCCCCGGCGCCCCCGCGGCCCCUCGCCUUCCUCUUCCCGGCGCGGCCCCCGGGCUUCCGCGCCCCACCCGCCACCAACCCGCUCGCCACCAUGUCCGUGGAGCUCGAGGAGGCCCUGCCACUGACGACCGCCGAGGGGGCGGCCAAAAAGGCGGCCAAGACCGGCGGCUCGGCGGCGCUGUCCCCGUCCAAAAAGAAGAAAAACAGCAAGAAGAAAAACCAGCCAGGCAAGUACAGCCAACUGGUGGUGGAGACCAUCCGCAGGCUGGGCGAGCGCAACGGUUCGUCGCUGGCCAAGAUCUACGCGGAGGCCAAGAAGGUGGCGUGGUUCGACCAGCAGAACGGGCGCACCUACCUCAAGUACUCCAUCAAGGCGCUGGUGCAGAACGACACGCUGCUGCAGGUGAAGGGCACCGGCGCCAACGGCUCUUUCAAGCUCAACCGCAAGAAGCUGGAGGGCGGCGGCGAUCGGCGCGGAGCCCCGGCGGCCGCCACCGCCCCGGCUCCUGUCGCGCAAAAAGCCAAGAAGGCGGCCCCGGGCGCGACUGGCUCGCGGCGCGCGGACAAGAAGCCCGCCAAGGGCCAGCAGCCCGAGAAGCGCUCGCACAAGAAGGGCGCCGCUUCCAAGAAGGACAAAGCCAGCAAGGCCAAGAAGGCGGCGGCCGCGGGGGGCAAGAAGGUGAAGAAGGCGGCCAAGCCCAGCGUCCCCAAAGUGCCCAAGGGCCGCAAGUGAGCGCGGGGGCCCGGCACCCGCUUUUCCACCCCGAGUGCACGUAGGUUUUUCUGCGGGGUCCCGGCCCGGGCCGCCGCGCUCGCUCCUACCGUAGGGGGCGCCGGCCCGCCCUUCCCCCGCGUGGGAGCAUUUUUUUGUUGUUGUUUGCUUUAGAUUUUUGAAACGGCCCUGGCGACGCCCCUAUUGGCUCUCGCCCUUGGCAACGGUUGUCGCCAUGGUUACCGUCCCCCAGUCGCCAAUGGCCGGGCCGCGCCUGCCCGCCCGGGCCCUGUGCGCGCGGACGCGGCGGACGCGCAGCCCUUCUCGCUCCCGCCCCGCCCUCCCCGCCUCCGAGCGCGCGACUAGCAAUCUCGCGAGGCGCGGGGCUGCGCGGCGCUUCCUUUUCUCCCGCGGCCUAUUUUUGGGGCACAAUAAAUUGUUUAAACCUUUGAAA